AUGUUCAACCUACACCGCAUCAUCUGCCUUCGGGCUUUUCUUGUGGCCCUCGCACUUGGGCCGGUCAAUGCUGUACCCAUUGCCCACGACAACCUCGCUGGCCCUCACGAUGGAGGCCCCGCGGUGUGGCCCACUCCUCAAGAGAUCACGAUGACCGGCGGAAAGGUAUCGCUCAAGGGUGAUGUCACCAUCAUAACCGACGAUUUCAAGGACUCUGCCACGAUCUCCACGGUCAAGGGAAUUGUGGCUGCCGCCGGUGGUAAUGCUGUUCUCGCCUCCAAGCCCAGCGGCAAGGGCACGCAGAUCUUCGUUGGUACAGAGGCGGAAGCUGGCGUCGCUGUCGCUGCUGCCAAGGCUCUUGCGGGAAACUCUGCGAAUGGCCUCGACGCCGACGGCUACGUUUUUGCAUGUGGCAAGUAUGAGAAACAGCCAAGCAUUGUACUUAAUGGUGUAGACACACGCGGCACUUUCUACGCGGCACAGACUCUUCGUCAACUUCUCGACGGUGACCAUAUUCCCGGUGUCAAGGUGCGCGACUGGCCGCUCAUGUCUAUCCGUGGCUCGAUUGAGGGAUUCUACGGUGUCCCUUGGUCUCAUCAGGCACGUCUUGACCAGUUUUCUUUCUACGGAAAGCACAAGAUGAAUACCUAUGUGUACACGCCAAAGGAUGACCCACUUCUCCGCGCCAAAUGGCGCACUCUUUACAGUGGAGACGAGCUUACCCAGCUUAAGGAGCUUGUUGAGACAGCAAAUACCAACCAUGUCGCCUUCACCUAUGCUCUUUCUCCCGGCCUAGACGUAUGUUACUCAUCGGACGAGGACUUCGACGCUACUGUGGCCAAGUUUGACCAGCUGCGCGACUUUGGCGUCAGCAGCUUCUACAUCGCUCUCGACGAUAUCGCCCUCGAGUUCCAUUGUGAUGCGGACAAGAAGAAGUGGCCCAAAACGGAGAACGACGAAUGGAUCGCCGAUGCCCAGGCCUUCUAUCUGAACCGUGUUCAGACGGAGUACAUCGAGCCAAAUGAUCUCGAAAAUCUCGAGACUGUCCCAACCAACUACGCCGGCAGCGCACCAUCCCCGUACAAGAAAGAAUUCGGCACCAAGCUAAAUAAGAAGAUCCGCGUUCAGUGGACCGGCGAAGGAGUCUUCAGCGACAACAUCACAGUCGACAGCGUUGUGACCGCCGACUCGAGCUACGUCACCGACAAUCUUUUCCUAUGGGACAACUUCCCAGUCAACGACGGCAACCGUGACCGUCUAUUCCUCAACCCGCUCACCAAGCGUGCCGCCGAACUAUACAAGCAUCUUCUUGGCUUCACCUCGAAUCCGAUGAGUCAAUCAUACGCCUCAAUGGCUGCGCUCGCCAACUACGGCGACUAUACGUGGAACGGGCCAUCAUACGAUGCCACCAAGUCUAUGGAUGCAAGCUUAUGGGAGCUAUCGGGCAGUGACACAACCGUUCACAACGCACUCAUCGCGUUCACCGACCUCAACCAGAACUGGCCAUACCAAAGUCCCGAGGUCAAUGCGCCCCAGCUUACCAAGGACAUUGCGGCUUUCUGGGCCGCUCGCAAAGCCGGCACUAGUCACGGGACUAAGGCGUUGAAAGAUCGCCUCGCACUCAUCCUCACCAUCCCCGACGUUCUCCCCAAUUUGGCUACCAAGGCCUUCGCUACGGACGUGGCACCCUGGUCGACUGUUGCUACGCAGUGGGCGAAUGCCUGCAAGCACUUGAUUGCUAUGCUCGAGGCGCUCGAUGGCAAGAAUCAAAGUACGGCAGAUGCUGAGUUCAAGUAUGCCAAGGAGUGGGUUGAGAAGACGAAGGCUAAGACUGUCGAUGACCGUAACACCGAGGGUGAGGACCUUCCUAAGUCGAUCGUGCCGACUACCGGUGAUGGGGCAUUUGAUAAGUUCCUCACUGAUGCCACGGCUAUUUAUAAUGGUAAAUAG